UGGGGGAAGGGGAGAAGCAUGGAAAAAAAUCAUACAUCUGGCCAAAUUUGGCCCAUGGUUUGCCUAUCCCAGCUUUAGACAGAUUUCCAGGUAAGAGCAACUGGGCCAGGAGUGGACUGUAGGGCCUGGUUCAGUGAAAGCCUCUCUAUCCAUGGCUGCAAGUAUCUGAAUUUUCAAACACAUUUCACAUUUCAUUGUCAGCCGAGAUAAAUUAGAGGGAAAAGAUAUCUCAGGCAAAGAUAGACUUAUUUAAUAAUUAUGGUUAUUGAUUUAUUACAAAUUUAUAAAUUAAUUUACUAAUUUACAAAUAACCUUCUGAGCUCUUACAUGUGCAGGCACUGUGCUAGGCCUGUUACAAACUCUGGAGAACUGAGUUAUCCCCAUACACAGAUGCAGAUACUGAGGCCCUUUGGGGUUGGGUGGCAGCUCAGAUCCCACAGCUAGUGUGGCACAGGCAGGAAGAAAGCCCAGGGUCUUUUGAUGGUAGCUGAGCCGCACCCAGACACCCACCCGUGUCUGCCAGCACUCCGUAUUGGCUGGGAAACACUCCCUGAAUCCAAAGGUGCCAGUUUAAGUCAGUUACGAGCCAGUGGCCCUUAAGUGUCCCCACCUGUAAGAUGGGGGCGCACUGCCCCAGUGCUGCAGCCUCGCGACCCCCUGGAGGGCGGGGGACGGCACCUCAGGCGAGAGUCUUCCGGCUGCCCCGGGGAGGGAGGAAAUGAGCCGGCGGCGGGGGCGGGUUUUCGGCGGGGCCAACCCACGGUGGGGGCAGCGCGGCCAUGGCGCUCCUGCUGUCGGUGCUGCGUGUACUGCUGGGCGGCUUCUUCGCGCUGGCGGGGUUGGCCAAGCUCUCGGAGAUCUCGGCUCCAGUUUCGGAGCGGAUGAACACCCUGUUCGUGCAGUUUGCUGAGGUGUUCCCGCUGAAGGUAUUUGGCUACCAGCCAGAUCCCCUGAACUACCAAAUAGCUGUGGGCUUUCUGGAACUGCUGGCUGGGUUGCUGCUGGUCAUGGGCCCACCGCUGCUGCAAGAGAUCAGUAACUUAUUCUUGAUUCUGCUCAUGAUGGGGGCUAUCUUCACCUUGGCAGCUCUAAAAGAGUCACUAAGCACCUGUAUCCCGGCCAUCAUCUGCCUGGGGUUCCUGCUGCUGCUGAAUGUCGGCCAGCUCUUAGCCCAGACUAAGAAGGUGGUCAGACCCGCUAGGAAGAAGACUCUAAGUACAUUCAAGGAAUCCUGGAAGUAGAACAUCUCUGCCUCUUUAUGCCAUGCAGCUGUCACAGCAGGAACAUGGUAGAACACAGAGUCUUAUCAUCUUGUUAUCAGUAUAAUAUCCAGGGUCAGCCAGUGUUGAAAGAGACAUUUUGUCUACCUGGCCCUGCUUUCUCUUUUUAGCUUUACUACUCUUUUGUGAGGAGUACAUGUUAUGCAUAUUAACAUUCCUCAUAUCUUAUGAAAAUACAAAAUAAGCAGAAAAGAAAUUUAAAUCAACCAAAAUUCUGAUGCCCCAAAUAACCACUUUUAAUGCCUUGGUGUAAGUAUACCUCUGAACCUUUUUCUGUGCCUUUAAACAGAUACAUAUUUUUUUAAAUGAAAAAUCAUAUAUCCUAUUUUAUUCCUUCCUUUUAAAACCUUAUAAACUAUAACACUGUUUCAUG